AUGAAUGAGUACUCACAUUUAACUCUACCCUUUCACUUUAAUUCUGAAAUCAAAUAGGUGGAUCUCUAAACGUUUUAAUUCCCAACUGGCAAAACAAAACCGCUUGAUUUGCAAGUGAUGAAUUCUGAAAAGGGAAAGUUUAUUUUGAAAAAAAUGAAUCAGACUAACAUCAUUUUCAGAAUGAGAAAAUUUUAGCACAAGAACGAUCCAAAUAUUGUUGUAUAUAAAUUGGAACACGAGAGCGAAAUCAAUGAGACUUACGAUUCUUAGUAUUACUUUCAAGACUUCUAUUUUGAAGGUGAAAAUGAUUAAAACAUCCUAAACCAAUUUAAAAAAUACAUACAAUGUAAACCUUAUCAACUGGAAAAGCAGCACGUUCCAAGAGACAUUGCUAAGCCAUUCUGUUGGAGGGGUUCCAAUUUCAAGAUAAAUUUGAUGAAAAAGUAUGUGAAGAGAAAUAAGGUCGAGAAGAAAAAUUUCAUUACUCCCUUGAAAUUUGGAGAGGCCCACUCCAAUUUAGAUGAGAUCUACUAAGAAACCGAUCCCACCUUAAAUCAACUAUUCCAGAAAAAACCAAUAUGGCUUAAGAAACAAUUAAUUAAAGAAUUAAAAUAAUUUUAGUAAUACGAAGAAAAGCUAGGGCAGAUGGUUUAUUACUACUAUAAUGGACCCUGGGCUAAAUGCUAUGUUUUAAAAUAAUUCAAUCCCCAAUUAAAUUCGAUUGCAGCAAAGUAUUAAACAAUAAACAUUAAGAAUAAUUAAAAUGAGGACUCCAAUAGCGAGGAUUAAGAUUACCCACAGAAAUGCUUUACCUUAUUGUAACUGUGCGAUUUGUAAGACAAGGACAUAGAUAAAAUAAUUUAAGAGGCAAUCAACAAAGGGAAACAAAAUCCGCCUAGUGCAAAGGAUUUUGAGAAGUAUGGAUGGUUUGAAAAAUAACAGAUGAAGAUAAUAGUUCGAAAAAUUAAAAGUUUGAGAUAACAUCAGAACAAAUAAUGA